UCCGCCGGGGGGGCGAAGAUGGCCGAGAAGCAGCAGAAGCACGACGGGAGGGUGAAGAUCGGCCACUACGUGCUGGGGGAUACGCUGGGGGUCGGCACCUUCGGCAAAGUCAAGGUUGGCGAACACCAGUUGACGGGGCACAAAGUAGCAGUAAAAAUCCUAAACAGACAGAAAAUACGCAGCCUGGAUGUGGUUGGCAAGAUCAAACGAGAAAUUCAAAACCUAAAACUCUUCCGGCACCCUCAUAUUAUCAAGCUGUACCAGGUCAUCAGCACACCAACGGACUUCUUCAUGGUCAUGGAAUAUGUAUCUGGCGGUGAAUUAUUUGAUUACAUCUGUAAGCAUGGACGUGUUGAAGAGGCUGAGGCUCGACGCCUUUUCCAGCAGAUUCUCUCCGCAGUGGAUUACUGUCACCGACACAUGGUUGUCCACAGGGACCUGAAACCAGAGAACGUGCUGCUGGACGCACACAUGAAUGCGAAGAUAGCUGAUUUUGGACUGUCCAACAUGAUGUCAGAUGGUGAAUUUCUACGCACCAGCUGUGGUUCCCCAAAUUAUGCAGCCCCUGAAGUCAUCUCUGGAAGGCUGUAUGCCGGCCCAGAGGUGGACAUCUGGAGCUGCGGCGUCAUCCUCUAUGCCCUCCUCUGUGGCACUUUGCCCUUCGAUGAUGAGCAUGUGCCUACCCUCUUCAAGAAGAUCCGUGGAGGUGUGUUUUACAUCCCUGAGUACCUCAACCGCUCCGUUGCCACUCUGCUCAUGCACAUGCUGCAGGUCGACCCUCUCAAGCGCGCAACCAUCAAGGACAUCAGGGAACACGAGUGGUUUAAGGAGGAGCUGCCCAGCUACCUCUUCCCAGAGGACCCUUCCUACGAUGCCACCGUCAUCGAUGACGACGCGGUUCGGGAGGUCUGUGAGAAGUUUGAGUGCACUGAGUCAGAAGUGAUGAACAGUCUGUACAGCGGUGACCCCCAGGACCAACUCGCGGUCGCCUACCACCUUGUCAUCGACAACCGGAGGAUCAUGAACCAAGCCAGCGAGUUCUACCUAGCCUCCAGCCCCCCAACUGGCUCCUUCAUGGACGACAGCAUGCACAUCCCUCCCGGUGUGAAGCCGCACCCCGAGCGGAUGCCACCCUUGAUAGCAGACAGCCCCAAGGCACGCUGCCCUUUGGAUGCACUCAACACCACCAAGCCUAAACCUCUGACUGUCAAAAAGGCCAAGUGGCACCUGGGGAUCCGCAGCCAGAGCAAGCCCUAUGACAUUAUGGCCGAGGUGUACCGAGCUAUGAAGCAGUUGGAUUUUGAGUGGAAGGUGGUGAACUCCUACCAUCUCAGAGUGCGUCGGAAGAACCCGGUGACGGGCAAUUAUGUGAAAAUGAGUCUGCAGCUGUACCAGGUGGACAACCGCAGCUACCUCCUGGACUUCAAAAGCAUUGAUGACGAGGUGAUGGAGCAGAGGUCCGGCUCAUCCACCCCGCAGCGCUCGUGCUCAGCAGCUGGCUUGCACCGGCCAAGACUGAGCAUUGAUGCUGCAGCAGCCACUGAGUGCCAGUCACUGAUGGGGUCCCUGAGCGGCUCCUUCGUGGGCAGCAUCUCCUCAGUGCCCCCACGCCUGGGCAGCCACACCAUGGACUUCUUCGAGAUGUGUGCCAGCUUGAUCAUGGCUCUGGCUCGCUGAGCCGGGCGCCGGACUCCCAGCACAUGGCAUUGCACUGUGAGGACCAGCUCCAACGUGGCCGUUGUGUUGUUCUUCUGCUUCCUUCCUUCUCCUCACCACUCCACAGCCUGCAGCACAGAACCAGUUCCUCUGUUAGAAGAUCCCAAGUGCACUCAAAGGACACAGCCCCUCAAACGAGGCAUUGAGGAAAUCAGGAAUGACUUCGUUUCACUCGUUAGACCAGAGUGAAAUAUAUAUGAGCUUUUUUAUCCUGAACCCAAUGGGAUACGUGGGCAGGGCUGUAAAGUAGCAAACAUAUCAUUGACUUUUGGUAGAGAACUCCCUCCUGGUUGAUCCUGAAUUCACAGAGCCUUGGGCAAGCAUUUCUUUCCCCAGCACACAUUGAUUCAGGUUGUACCUCCCAUACAGCCCCAAGCAGGGGGAGGACAGGGCUUCCUGGAACCUCUGGCAAUGCUUUCACCCUAAAACAAGCAGCUGCU